AUGUUACAGGAAAGUUCUUCUUUUCGGCCAAAGACAACAAUGAAGGCAUCGGCGUCGCUCUCUGUUGUCUCUGUGUGUUUGCUCUGCUGCUCCACCGUCGCCUCACAAGCUUGUGACCAGUUUGCUGCAGUGGGUGGAAACUUCACUGUUCCUCUGGGAUACAAACUAAGAUUUCCUGACACUCUUAAGUGGAAGUUAAAUGGCAGCACAAUAUUUUAUAGAAGAACAAUGAGGAUGAUUGUUGGGAAAAAUUAUGAUAUUAAUCAAGAUGGCUCCCUGAAACUGACAAAUCUGAAGAAGGACCAAGCAGGACUCUACACUGGUGAGGUUUUUGAUAGAAGUGGAAGACCGCAGACCAUAAGGGACACAAAUUUAUGUGUGCUGGAUCCUGUGAAGAAGCCUGAAGUAAAAGCAACAUGUCAGGAUGGAAACGUGAUCUUUCACUGUGUUUCUGGGGCGCAGCCUGCUGAUGUGGAGCAUGAGUGGCUUCAGAACGGCGCCGAGAUGAAGGAAAACAGACGGUCGUUCGAAACGAAAGCAGAGGAAACCAAAGGCGCCGAGUUUGUUUGCAAAGUGUCCAACAAAUUCAUUUCUGAAACCAGUGAGCCUGUCAUUCAUAACUGUGCAGAGACGGGAUAUCCAGAUGAACCCGCUGGAAUAAAUAUCUGGGUCUUAACUGGUGCCAGAGUGGGUUUCAUUGUUGUGCUGACCGUCCUUGUCUCUGUUUGUUUUGUCCGAGUUGAAAACAAGAUGACGAUGGGACUGAAGGAUGAGGAGGAGCUUCCUUUGCAGCGGACCAAUACAGAGCAUCUCAGUCGUGAUCCUCAUUUUUCUCCUCUUCAACCUCAUCACCUCCAGUCAUGAGCCAAUUUUUUUUCUUCUGUUUUACAUACAUAUUUUUUUCCAGUCUCUGAUUUGACGAGUACCUUUUUUUGCAAAAAUCAAAACAAACUUUGUGUCGCCAGCCAUCUUAAGUUUCAGCAGCUACAAUUCGGACAUAUUAAAACUCAUUGAAGUUUGUGAUCUUGACUAAUUUAAAAAUCUUUUCAAGAGUUUUAACUCAGUCAUUUUUGUUGUUGUUUUGGAUGAAGGAACAUAACAUAUUAAAUAUAAAAUAUUUUUCUGUGAAUUGCGUAUUCUUUAGUGAAGACGUUAUCUGUACUACUGCUAUAUGGACGCUUUGAAACUACGCUAAAUGCUGUAACGAUAAAGUAAUAUUUCAAUUGUUUUUGGGGGGGAUUUUAUGAUGUAGAGCACUUUGAACUAUAUUGUUGCUGAAAUCUGCUACACACAUAAACUUGAUUGAUUGAUUGAUUGAUUGAUUGAUUGAUUGAUUGAUUGAUUGAUUGAUU